AUUUUCAUCGACACCUGGCCUCUGGAGCCGGAGCAGAAAAAUCAACUUGAAUUGAGUCUCCUCCAGUGUCAACAGUCCAUUGAUUCGAGUUUGACCGAUAUGCAGUCGGAAGCUUGUUAG